GGGCGACAGGCAUCGGGCCCCCAGGAGGGGCGACAGGCAUCGGGCCCCCAGGCGGAGCGGGGCGCGCCGGACCCCCAGGCGGAGCGACAGGUCUCGGGCCCCCAGGCGGAGCGGCGGGGCGCCGGACCCCCAGGCGGAGCGACAGGUCUCGGGCCCCCAGGCGGAGCGGCGGGCGCCGGACCCCCAGGCGGAGCGACAGGUCUCGGGCCCCCAGGCGGAGCGGCGGGCGCCGGACCCCCAGGCGGAGCGGCGGGGCGGGCCGGACCCCCAGGCGGAGCGACAGGUCUCGGGCCCCCAGGCGGAGUGACAGGUCUCGGGCCCCCAGGCGGAGCGGCGGGCACCGAGUCACCAGGCACGACAGUGGGCUCCGAGUCAACUGGCAUGACCGCUGGCACUGGGUCAGACAUUGGAUCGUCUGGCUGGACAGCGGGCAUUGGGUCACCAGGCAUCAGGUCAUUUGGCUCGACAGUGGGCACCGCGUCAUCUGGCAAGGCAGUGGGCUCCGAGUCAACUGGUAUGACCGCAGGCACUGGGUCAGACAUUGGAUCGUCUGGCUGGACAGCGGGCAUCGGGUCACCAGGCAUCAGGUCAUUUGGCUCGCCAGCGGGCACCGCGUCAUCUGGCAAGGCAGUGGGCUCUGAGUCAACUGGUAUGACCGCAGGCACUGGGUCAGACAUUGGAUCGUCUGGCUGGACAGCGGGCAUCGGGUCACCAGGCAUCAGGUCAUUUGGCUCAACAGCGUUCACCGCGUCAUCUGGCAAGACAGUGGGCACCAAGUCACCCGGC